AUGGGAAUUCCCUCUCAAUCACGACCUGGCCUCGCUGAGACGGAGGACACGGGAUUUGAAGCACCUACUGGGAAUCUGAGCUCUUUGUUAUAUCAGGCCGCCGAAAAAUACCGCGAUCAUGAAGCGGUCAUUUCACUUCAUCAGUGGGAACUUCCUGGCCAUUCUGACAAGACAACGGAGAUUGUAGAGCCACGGAACCAACAUUUAACAUACGGAGAACUGCACCUCGAGAGCUUGAGAUUGGCUGAAGCACUUUCAUCUCAAGGUGUGACCAGAGGAAGCUCUGUAGUUACAGUGCUCUUCAAUCAAAUCGAAUGGUGCCUGGCGUUCUGGGCGACAAUGCACCUUGGAUGUCGAUUUGUACCUUUGGAUCCGCGCACUGUCGCACAGACGGAAGAAGCUCUCUACCUUCUGUGGCAAGCAAAUGCAGAUGUCCUACUCGUGGCCUCUGGUUCCUUGGCUGCUCAAGUUGAUGAAAUCCUGCAAAAACAACAGAAACGGGACAUCUUGCGAUGUGUUUUAUCCAAAGGCCCAACCGGGCAGCUCCCGGAGGGCUGGCGCAUGAUGAUGGAGGCAAUGCAAAGCUCCCCAGAGAGCACAAAUUGGUGCCCAGGCUCUGCUGUCAGUCCCCAAGAUACUGCAGUGAUACUGUUCAGCAGCGGAACGACGUCACGCCCCAAGGCGUGCGCUCAAACAUCCGUCAAUCUGAGCGCACCGGCGGUCCAGUUGGGGAAAGCCUUCAAAAUGGCCCCAGGACACAAUAUAUGUCAACACCUCCCAAGCUUUCAUAUCUUUGGUAUCGCCUUCAGUCUGGGUGCCUGGCUGGCUGGUGCUACUGUCGUGUUCCCCAGCCCCAGCUUCGAUGCCGCCGCUAGCAUUCGUGCCAUUCAGCAGGGCACGACUGUUCAUGCGCCAUGUGUUCCAAUAAUGGUCCAGGCAAUUGCUGAACAUCCAUCCACGCCCACGACAGGCUUCACGACUUUGGAGUCCAUCACACUGGGCGGUGCGCCAUCCUUUCCUAGAAUUAUUGAAAUAUGCAAAGGCCUGACACCAAAAAGACUUUGCGUUGGGUAUGGACUGACUGAAGGUGUUGUCACAUUGAUGAACUUGAAAAGUAUCAAUGAUUGGGAACUUGGCGGUGCAGGAGACAUUUCCUCAGGUCGGGUGUGUUCCGGGUCCAAAAUCAGGAUUUGCGAACCAGGAAAACGGCUGCCUAUCGAGUGCGGCCAACUUGGUGAGCUUCAUCAAGGAGGUCUACCUGUCUUCAAUGGCUACAUGGGCAUAAAGAGUGAUGCAUGCUAUCAAGAAUGUGGUGUCAACUGGGUAGCAACUGGGGACCAGGCCUAUAUGGAUGAAGAGGGGUAUGUCUAUAUUUUCGGAAGAUACAAAGACAUCAUUAUUCGAGGGGGAGAGAAUAUUUCGCCCGCAAAAAUUGAGAAUUGCCUGUGCAAAGCUGAAGGAGUGAACGCAUAUGUCAUUGGAGUGCCGGAUGAACUUGCCGGCGAAGUCCCCGUUGCUGUGGUCCAGCAAACUGGAACGUCGAUUUUAUCUGGAAACGAGCUCAAAGCGAUGGCACUGUUUGAGCUGACCCCUAGAUUUGCCCCUACCUUGGUGCUCGAUGUUCAAAGAGAUCUUGCCCAAGACACGUUUCCCACCACCACAACUGGAAAAGUGCAAAAGUCGGUCCUUCGAGAAUGGGUGAUGAACUAUCUCGAGUUCACUGAGAAGAUUACCACGGAAGAUGAGCCGUCUCAGCAGACACUUGAGUCACAAGUGGCAUCAAUCUGGGCACAUUGCUCCGGUCAGAAGCCUUCCGACGUUGAUUUCGAUGCCUCAAUCCAUACAAUUGCCGACAGCAUGGUUCUCAUCCAGUUUACGAGUCAGAUCCGGAAAAGACUGCAAAAAAAUAUUAGCAUGACCGACCUUGUGAAGAUCAAUACCGUCACAAAGAUAUCGAACUUCCUUGCACACAAGCCUCUGCUCGCUGAUUGCACAACAAGCCCAAGAGCUCAUCUCCAUCAUGAAGCAGUUGUUUCAAACAUGAAACUUCCCCAGGGACAGAAGGAGGGGAUGGAAUUGACCAAGAGUCAAGCAGCUUUGCAUCUAGCACCGCUGGGCUUCCAGUGGGAUGAUGUGGAGGAUAUGCUUCCAGUUUCCGACUGCAUGAAGUUCAUGACUGAAGGUGGAAGGAAAACCUCUUGGAACCACCGGCACUCUUUGGUAGUCCGAUCUUGCUCAAGUACUGAGGUACUCGCCGUCUUGAGAAUGUGGAUCAAGCGGAAUCCCAUGCUUCGAACGACACACAUCGCCUGCAACAAGGAUUUACAUCUCUACAUCGUCAUGCGUCCAAGUGAUAGGUGGUUAGACAGGCAGAUUGCCACUGGCAGCAGCUUGACGACCAUUCAGGAAAUUACCACCUACCGUUUGAAUGAUUCAACAUACGAUCAUGUCCAGCUCUCUGGCCCUUUGCUCAAAUGCACAGUCUUGCCAAUCAACAAUAGCAACGCUACUGGCGUGGUUUUGCACAUGCAUCACGUCAUGUUCGAUGGAAUGGUGAUGCAUCGAUGGUACCAAGACUUGAACCAAUUGCUUCGGGGUAAGCAUCUGCCAUCUGCUCUGUACUCCUUCCACGAUUUUGCUUUGCUGUACCAAACGUAUCGAGCAAGCAUAGAAGCCGAGCAGGCGGUGGACUUCCAUGUAAGACAGCUACGAGGAUUGGGUUCGAUGCAGAAAAGUUUCUGGCCCAAGCAACGGGCCCCACGAUGGUUUAAAGGCGACGACCAGGACUGGUGCCAUGAGGACGGUUCGGCAUCUCAACCUGGAGAGCGUGUACCUUUAGAUGGUGACCACAGCUGCGGGACCAUGGGCCUCUUUCAUAAGAUUCACUUGCCAUUUAUUCGUGCCUUAAAGUCAAACUGGGAGAUAUCCCCGCCCAUGGUGGCCAAGGCUGCAUGCGCACUCCUCAAUAUUCACAAAACCGGAGCAGAGGAGGCUGUCUUCGUGAGUGAUGAGUCAGGCCGAUCGUGGCCCUCCACUGGAGAUGAUUCUACCUUGGCUCCGCCGACUGCAAGCCCGUUGGACAUUGGUGGCCCAACUUUCCAGAAGACAAUUAAUCGAGUCCGCAUACAACCCGGCGAGACAACAUUGCAGUUCCUAAGGCGCAUGCAAGAGAAGCAGCGAGAUAUUGAUCGCUACUGCCACGCUCCUCUAGGUGCUAUUUGCCGAUCGCUGGAACAAGACACAGUGCACGGGGCUGCAGAUGUGGCUGCAGUCCGUGAUAUUCUUCGGCGUCAACUUUUUGACUGGCUACCCACGCCUCUAUCAAACGAGGAUGUUGGAACAGAAUCCACACCUUCGGCAGAGAUGCUCGAAGUCUUGAGUCGGUCUGAUCUGGGCUUGGUCUGGUUUCCAACGCUUCUCCCUGGUGAUCAGCUUCUCUUAGAAGUCUCAUGGGAUGAUGCUCAAUUGAAAGCAAGUGAAGUAGACCAAUCCAUAGAGGAAUUCUUGUGUGCGAUGGCAUGGAUCUCAAACCCAGCUAACUUUAAUAAACCUGUGACUCAUUGCGAGUUUAAUGGUCACAAGGUUUGGGCGGCUCGUGAGAGAAACUUCCAUCGAUGA